AAAAAAAAGUUGCUCUUGAGAUUGUGGUAUGGUUUACGUAAUUCUUGAACUUCUCCGUGGAGGAGAUCGAUGAAAACUUGGUCAUUUGAAAUUCCCCAAACCUAGAGACCAGACAGCGCGGGCUUGGCACAAGGUAAGUUCCCGAUCUCAAGCUGAAUUUCAGUGGAUGGUGUAGGCUGGGCUCGGGGCGACGGGAAAUUAAGGGGGCCAAGCAAAACUCAGUCCAAUGACGAACUUGCCCACUUCAUGCCCGUCGGUGCUGGUAGUCCUGCCUCGGCGUUCAUCAGCCUUCCGCGCCUACCUGGCGCCGCAGCACACCUGCCGGCGGUCGGCUCCCAGUGUGGUGGUAACCCUCAGCUGAAAUAGGGCCUUUGCAGGGUGGAGGCAACACGCUGCAGCCAGGACCUGUCACAUUUCUCUCAGCUCCACAGUGGGACCAGGGCACCUGUGUACAGGCUGUGAGAGCGGGUAACAGAGUGGUAGGGAGAGCAGACCGAACACACGGACACAAGGACGCCUUGGGAGACACUUUUUCCUCUUGAGUCAAGGGGAUUGCAGCUGCGCGUCAGUAGAGAUUGUGGUUAAAGGUUCUUCAGUGCACAGAGUUUGGAUCUGUUUGGAAAAAAAAAAAAAAAAAAAAAUCACAAUGGAUAAGGAUGCUCUUCUGGACUAUGAGUACCCAGACCUGGACCCUGUGCCAUCCAAAAUUGAAGCAGAAAUAAUCCCUCCAUGUGACCCUACCGCUGAUGACAGGCUCUACCAUAUAUGCAUCACCGCAAUAUCUCUUGUUGUCAUGCUGAUCCUAGCAAUCUUAGCCAGACGCACGAAGGUGGGCGACAGACAGAAAGGACUCCCAGGUUUACUCAGUCCAGUCAACUUCCUGGACCAUACACAGCACAAGGGCCUGGCAGUGGCUGUGUUUGGAGUGCUCUUGUGCAAACUAUGGGGCCUGGUCAUAUCGCCAAACCCCCUGCCCUUCACGGCAGACUCCGGGAACAAACAGAACUGGGUGAUCCUGGGACUCUUCUACUACCCCGCACUAUACUACCCUCUCCUGGCAUGUGGCACCUUACAUAAUAAAGUUGGCUACGUACUUGGCAGCCUGUUGUCGUGGACACACUUUGGUGUUCUGGUCUGGCAGAAAAUUGACUGUCCCAAAACACCUCUGAUACACAAACACUACUCCCUUUUCUCCAGCCUGCCCCAGAUAGCUUGCUUGGCAUUCCUUAGUUUCCAGUAUCCCCUUCUUCUAUUCAAGGGCCUAAAGGGAACUGAAAAGAACAAUGCUACAGAGGAUCUAAGCAGCAGCUACUAUAAAGACUAUGUGAAGAAAAUGCUCAAGAAGAAGAAGCCCACCAAAAUCAGCACAUCGAGCACAGAGACGCCCAAGCUCCCUCAAAGAAUAAUUGAUGCUGUGAAGUCAUACAUUUAUACACCAGAGGAAGCUUUCCGUUUUCCACUGAAGUUGGCUAUAUCUGGUGUAGUGUCGUUCAUAACACUGUAUCAGGUGGGUCUUCUACUGAUCUCGGUGGUGGUACCUCCUCUUCAGACUGCCCGUUUGGGAGUCGAUGAGGACAUCGCCAACCUUUUAGCUGGCUUCAAGAUUAUGCUGUCUCCAGACAAACAUGAAGUGGUCAGAAUCGUGGUUUAUUAUAUGUGGUGUGUGGAAGUGUGCUAUAUCUCGGCGAUGACCCUAUCUGGCUUGGUCAACCUGGCUUUGCUCAUGCGGUCUAUGGUUCUGCAUCGGUCAAACCUGAAGGGGCUGUACAGAGGAGAUAUCUAUAAUGUUUACAACUGCCAAAGAAGUAUCAGGGCUUCCCGGCCAGCACUGGUCUGCUGGAUGGGAUACACCAGCUUUACAGCUGCUCACAUCUGCAUCGGCAUGAUCGUCCAGACCAUGGUGUUCUUCCUCUGCCUUCUGAUCGCUGUCUUCCUCAUUAUCAUGCCUGUCCUGCACAGACAGAAUCUGAUUCUCUUUCAGAUCCUGUGGAGCAUGUGGCCCUUCUGGCUGAUGAUUUUCUUGGCUGUGUUGAUUCAACAUAUCACUGCCAGGUUUUGCUUCAUCAAAAAAACAGCAGGCACUCGAGACCUGGACAACAGGGGUAAUCUGUUCCUGCUGACGUACCUGCUUUUUCCAGUCAAUGUUCUGAUCGGGGUGCUACUGGCGCUCUGGCGCAUGAUCAUCACAGCCCUGUUCAACAUUGUUCACAUGGGACGCAUGGAUAUCAGUCUUCUUAACCGCAAUGUGGAGGCAUUUGACCCAGCCUACCGCUGCUAUGCUCAUUAUCUGAAGAUUGAGGUGAGCCAGUCUCACCCUGUGAUGAAGGCCUUCUGCGGGAUGUUGCUGCAGUCUGUGGGCCAGGAGAGCAAUGCUGCACAGAGGUCACGGGAUGCUGAAGAGGGGAUCCAGCUGGUCCAGCAGGAGAAGAAACAGCACAGAGUGUCCAGCGCCAAGAGGGCCCGCAGGCACUGGCAGCUCCUCUACACCCUGGUCAACAACCCCUCCCUGGUGGGCACCAGGAAGCACUUCCAAUGUCAGACCGCAGAGAGCUUUCUGAAUGGAAGCCUCAACCGUGGCGCCAAGGAGGGGAGCAAAAAGGAGGCAGCAACCAAGGAGGCUGCUGCCAGCAACUGAACAUGAAUGUGACCCUGAUUAAGGAUUGGCUGCAAAGUCUCUCUUGGGUUUGGGCAGAUUCUGCUGUCAUAUUAUUUGUCCAAACCUGCUGUAGGUGUCUGCAUUUGGUGAAAUAAGUGCACUUUUAGCUCAGUGUCUCGUGUAGAGAUAUUCAACAAGCCUUUUUCUGUUUGUCAGGAGAUUGCGUGUUUACUUUGUGUUCUUCAUGUUCCCCCGGUUGUGUAAGCCUGAGAGCCACAGUCUCCAGUCAGAUGGGAAAGCUUGUGUGGCACCGCUCUCCCAUCGAAACACACUCAUCAUGUCUCAUUUUCAACGCAUUUUAUGUGCUUGUUUUGGGACAUCACUCGUGUUAUAUUUCAACCUAUAGGUUAAUCACAUGUUUUCCAACAUGUUGUUAUUAUCUUAUAGUGAAAAUAAUGCAAAAUGGUGGUUGCCCAAACCAAACACACAGAUGUGCAAUCCACUGAAGCAUCCCUUUAAAGAGGGUAUUUAUAUGUACAACUUUUCACUAUUUAUGACUUUACAGAAUGAACUGUUUUCAUAGACUGGGUAAUAAAUCUUCUUUUUUCAAGUGUA